GUUAGGUUGUCAUGCUGCCGUUGAUGAUUGACCUUCCAUCCAGCAACACAACUCACCUCUGAAAUUAAUAUUAUAAUAGGUGUUGAUCAUUAAGUUGAUUUUACUGUAAGUUCACCACGAUGAAGAAAUGGAUGGAAAGACGGAAGCGAAAUCGACCAGACCGAGAGGAAGACACUGAAGAUGAUUUUUCACUAAGUCCACAAAUCGAUGGCAGGGAAAAUCCUUUACUUCUAAAACCGAUUGAGACACCCCAAGAUGAGGAAAGUGAUAUACAAAUACUGAUUGAUGAUAUUGAUCUGGCAAGCUCUCCUUGGGCCAAAUUCAACCCAAAGUAUGAGCAUACGCUGGAGAAGCUGAAGAACACACUAGAUCAGUAUGCCAGGGAUGGUGAUGCUGAGAAGAUGACAGCAGCAUUAGCAAGGCGGCAUGACUUGAUUGACCAUGUGUUCCGCAUCCGCGAAUCCGAUGCUUCAAUGGGCAGUCCGUUACAUGUUGCGGCAAAGUAUGGCCAAUUGCAGUGCGUCGAGGUGCUAGUUAAAAUGCUGGAGGGAACUGGGAAAGAAAAUGUUAAGCAAUUGCUGAACGGAAAGGGUGAAUCCGGAGCGACACCUCUACACUUGGCAAUCAGUGGCAGGAAGCAGGUGCCAAUAGACACAAAGACGAAGAUCGUGGAAUAUUUAGUAAAUAAAGGGGCAGACGUUUUCAAGAAGGAUGACGACAGUCAAAGUCCGAUCCACUAUGCCACCAUGUGGGGGAACCCAGAAGCGGCGUCGAUCCUUCUUGAAAAAGACAAGCGGAUUCUUAAGGAUACUGACAAGAACGGCUUGACUGCCCUUCAACUGGCCAUCACUUUAAACAGAAACAAAGUAGCAAGGGUCAUCAUCGACAACAUGGACACGUUAGAUGAUGUUGAUGGUAUGAUUCGGGUGGACGACCAAGAGCAGACAUCGUCUUCACCCUUACAUCUCGCCUGCUUGAGGGGAAACCUGGAGAUGGUUGACCUUUUGCUCAAAACUGCAGAAAGGUUUGUGGUUUCCGAAACAUCCCUGGAAGAGAUUGUAAAUGUAAAGGACGCCGACGGACAGACGCCACUCCAUGUAGCGCUAGGGAACAGGCAUUUUGAUGUUGCUAGACUUUGUAUAGAGAAAGGUGCUGACGUGUCAAUCGCGGGACUAGGAAAAAACACUGCACUCCAUCUGGCUGCUGUCGCUGGGGAUACAAGAAUUGUGGUACUUUUGCUCGAGAAGGGAGCCAUAGUAGACGAAGUGAAUGAUCACCACGCCACCGCACUUCACCUCGCGGCUGUGCUAGAUAAUCAUGAAAUAUGCACGUUGCUUUUAGAUUGGGGUGCCAACCUUGAGCUAAGGAACAAACCUGAUGCCUUGACUCCCUUGCUAGUGGCUGCCAAUGCCGGGAAUCCUAAGACCAUAACAACCUUGCUCGACAGAGACGCAGAUAUUACUGCCACGGACAAUAAUGAGAGGAACGCCGUUCACCUUGGAGCCGAGACCAACCACCCUGGCGUUAUCAAGGUCGUGCUUCAAUGCGUCAAAGAAAAUUACAUAGAAGAAGAUGAACUGAUAGAUUCACAGAACUUCGAAGGAAAUGCUCCACUACACUGUGCAGCUGAGAAGGGCAGUGUUGAAGCAGUCCAGUGUCUAAUAAGCUACAAAGCGGACCUUUCCAUGAAAAACGAUGAUCACAAAACACCCAUUCACCUUGCCAGUCAGAAUGGAAGGAAAAUGGUAGUUAGAGAGCUUAUUAUUGCCUUGCCGUCAAUGGUGAACAUGGAGGACAAGCACGGGAACACGGCCCUUCAUCUCGCAGCUCUAGCAGGACAGCAUCAGGUGGUCAGGGUUCUCAUCUAUAAGGGGAAAGCAAAUAUUGAAGCUAGGAAUUCGAACGAUCAAACUGCCCUCCACAUAGCAGCAAGAGAGGGAUGGACGAGGACGUGCGGAUUUCUGUUAUACAGAGAUGCGUCAGUUAACGCAGAAGAUGAUCAAGGGAGGACACCACUGCACCUGGCAUGCCAACAAGGAAAGGAUAACGUGGUUAAGUUGUUUAUCCAUGACAGGAAGCAACUAGACAUCAACAAGAAAACUAAAAACGGAGAAACAUGCCUCGAUCUUGCAAUCAAGGAAAACCAAAGGGAUACUGCUCUCGCGCUAAUCAUGUCAGAUCGUUGGGAGGAAUGUGUACAAAGUGGUCAAGACCAGGAAGAGGAUGCCCCCCUAAAGAAACUUAUCAUCAAUAUGCCAGAGGUUGCAAAAGCUGUCUUGUAUCAGUGCACAGUGAAGAGUAGAGAUCUGCGUGAAGGCGAAGCCGAGUACACCUUCAACUACAAGUGCUUAGACGACUCAAGCAUCAAUGGAAUGGUAACCAAUCAACACCAUUGUCUCAGACUGAUGAUGCACCAUGAUAGGUUUGAUCUCCUCUCCCAUCCACUAGUUAUUGCCCUCCUACGACACAAGUGGCUACGUUUCGGCAAGGCAUUCUACUGCAUUAACCUGUCCAUCUAUGCUCUCUUUCUGACGGUACUGACUGUGUAUGUUCUGUCCGUAGCUCCAAUGGCGCCUCAUCAUUUCAUGAACAUGACAGAGCUUGGAAAAUAUAAAGGCAUUUUCUGUGAGAAGGUACAGCAGUUCGCAAGAGACAAAGGCACCCCGGUGGAAGUACCAAUCCUUGCCAAAAUAUGUAAAUAUCUGAUCAUGGUCUUAUGCUUUGAACAAGUGAUAAGAGAGACCAUCCAACGAAUCCUAGCAUCGGGUUGGGUCUAUUUCGCGAGCGCAGUUCAUUGGAUAGAGAUCAUCAUAUACGUGACCUUCCAUAUAGCGACCUUCCUGGUCGUUGUUGAUGUCGAGCAACCAUGCCAAACAGAAACUGGGAUCAGAUUGGGCUGGCAAUGGCAGCUUGGUUCUGUGUCAUUGUUUUUCGGCUGGAUCCAUCUGCUACUGUACAUAAGGAAGGUGCCCGUGUUUGGCAUAUACGCGGUGAUGUUCGCCACAGUCUUUGUUUCCUUCCUCCAGUUCUUUCCCGUGUUCUUCCUUCUCAUAGUUGCCUUUGCUCUCUCAUUCUAUUGUCUCCUAGGGAACCAGAUCCCAUUUGGCAAUGAGGGGAUUUCCCUGUACAAGACAUCAGUCAUGAUGAUUGGAGAGAUGGAGUAUGACGGCAUAUUCCAUCGUCGAGAUGAAGACGACACCAUGUGGAGGAGGGACGCCCAGAUAUGGUAUGGAGCGAUGACGUACAUACUCUUCACUCUCUUUCUGGUUGUUAUGGCUGUCUUGGUUAUGAAUUUGCUGACUGGUUUGGCUGUUGGUGAUACAACUAAGGUCCAAGAGCGAUCAAGGUCUCGGACGAUUAGCAUGCAGGUUUCGUAUCUGCUGGACACAGAGCGUCUCUGGUUUAAACUGAGGCAAAUUGCGUGCCUUCGCUUCAAGAAGCAACCAGGCAAGGGCUCAAACAGCGACAACUACGAACAAAUCGUACUCAGAAAAAGCAACAACCCGUUCGUGAAUAACUGGGUCUUGUCAACAUCUUCAAUAUUUGAGCAGUGCAAGUCCGUACAGGCUUGGAAGACAGAGCAAGAUGUCAUGAAGGAAGAAAGGAGAAAAUUGACAGAUGAGAGGGAGGCGAUUAGAGAUCAGAAAGACAUGAUCAAAAUAAUGAACAGGCUUGAACGGAUUGUUGGUGACCUUGACCGCAAGAUGGACGAACGAAUGGUCAAGGUCGAAGAAAAGCUGGGGAGGGCUAUACCUAUUUCCGGAUCACAGGAUUCGAUUGGAUCACAUGAGUAGAACUUGUAUUGAAAUGAUCUUCACCUGCUUGCUGAAUGUUGGAAUCUCCCUAAAAUGUGAGUUCCUACAUUCCAGCUCAGGGGAUGCAAUACAUGAUAAGGGCGAUAAAAUCAUGUCAAAUGUUUCCAUAUAGUAAUGUGUUGCAUGAAGUCAGAUUGCUUACAUGUAGGUCAAUAUUUAUACGAUACGAAUACUUACUGGCUUAUGGCAACAAAAUUUGGGAUGAUUUGUUAAUUCACAUCAGAUAGAGGGUUAAUUUUGAACCAUAUUUUCAUAUAUUCCUAUAACCGCAUAUUCAGCACAUGGUGAGAUUUCGCCGAAAGUCUAUUCUUUUUGUGGUAAAGAUGUCUAUUACUCUAUUUGUAUUCCUCAUCAAUUGUAUUCUUUAAAGUAUAAGACAAUAUAUAAGACAUUAUAUCUUAUCUGAGAUUGUAAUGUAUACCUAGCCUCUUGGUCGUAUGGUGUAUCUACAUGUAUAUCUUAUUGGCCUCAUUGAUCAAAGAAACGGCUUUGCUGUUGGGUAUCAAAACUUAGAGAUGGCUUUGAUGGCCACAAGUUUAGAACCACCUUUUCUGAGAGGGAAUAGAUUUGAUGUAUUUUACUUUUGUAAUAUGGGUUUGCCAAACACGACUUCCGACUGUUUUGCCAGCUAUGUUUUGCCAAUACGGCUGAUGUACAUGUAGACUAAACGUUGUUUCCUAUGAGUCCAGAUGUGCUACUUUCCAUAUACCUAGGUUAUGAAACCUUUCUGUGAUAUAUUCGCAUCGAAAUGUAAUCUUAAUUAAAGGAAA